UAUACGAAGCACAUGCAAGCUAGAAAUUCUUAACAUGACUCCCAACGUCGCAUCUAAAGUGCUCCCUUCCUACGCGCCAAAAUUAACUGUGGCCAUGAGAAAAGAAGCUAACGAAAUGAGAAAGACUUUGAAACCUUUGAUGGAAAAGAGAAGGCGUGCGCGCAUCAACGACAGCCUCGACCAUUUGAAGAGUCUUAUCCUCCCGUUGAUCGGAAAAGAUAAUUCCCGGUACUCGAAGCUGGAGAAGGCUGAUAUUCUUGAGAUGACCGUGAGAUUCCUUAGCGAUCUCCCGAAUUCUCCCGUUAAAAAUACAUCCGACAAUUUCAAAAAAGGGUAUAAGGCAUGUCUUCAGCGCGUCUCCACACUGCUCCCAAGAAACAGCCUCCUCGACAAAGACACUUGCCAGCGCGUGGACGAGUACAUCCAGAAGUCCAUGGCUGCAGUUGAAGCCCCUGCUUGUCAGAACUGCUGUGCCAAGAACUCCCGCGUCUUUCCUCAAGUGAACCACAGAGUUCGAAUCUUCAACUGUAGCGGGAACCCUAAAGCCGAGACCCACUCAAACAGCGCUCUUCCUCCGAACAGAGCCCCGCAGCCAGUGCCACCCGUUCUCAGUGGUAAUAUGUGGCGGCCGUGGUAGAUUCAAGGACAUUAAUGCCCGACUAAAUGACUGUUAAACUAAAUGAAUAUUAUAUAGUACAUAGUAUGUGCAAGUAAAUUUAAAUGAUGAUACCAUUAAAGGAGCAACGACAGGUGUAAAUACAACCAAAUGUUUGCCAUAGAGAUUAAUUGCAAUGCGCUUAUGAAAUGUAAUGACUACUAUUGUGCAGUCAUUGUUUGAUUUCAGUAUUAUAUACUAGAAUUUUGCAUUUUUUGACUGGUAUAAAUAUUUAGCCUAAUUCAUGCUCAAUUUUAAGCCAGUUGUGUUUUCACAAAGGUUUGAAGUUUGUUUUUGUAAAUUCUGUGAAGUUAUUAUAUUUAGUCCUCUCUGGGGGUUAAAUGCAUAUGGGUUGUAGCUAAAACCCCUGUAAAACCCAAAGGGUUAGUUUGUGUAUGUGAUUUGCACAACUGAUAUUAUCUGAAUCUGUGGGAAGAUGCAAUAUGUAGACACGUUGUGUU